UCCUACCGAGGGGGUAUCCGGUUACCCUUUUUUUCCAGCGUUAGUCAGGAAACCUCUCCCUGUAGUACUCUGGCGCAUAUUGCAUUUGCUUUGUCGCCUCUUAAAAAAAAAAAAAAGCCUUUCUAAGCGGACAGAAAUGAGCAUCGAAACGCUUUUGGAGGCAGCCAAGUUUUUGGAAUUGCAAGCCCAGCAACAACAGAAAGCACGUGAGGAUGAACUAAAGGAAAAGCAGCGUCCGGUGCAGUUGGUGGAGCAGAGGCGCUCUGAUGUGAACUAUAACUCAACGAUCCACAUCAACAAUGUUUCUAAAGCAGAGGAGUGCCGCCCGGCGCCCGUCCCACCCUCUCUGCCUCCCCCCUCCAUGCCCAUCACUGUCAUCCCCAUCCCCAUGGUCACCCCCAACCCAACAGGCUCACCCACGCUGCCUGUCGCCACGCUCUCCCCUCCAGCUGCCACCAUUCUGCCACGCUCUCCACAACCCAAACCUGACCACUCAGCCUCUGUGCUGACCGCCAACCACAAGCAGCUGAUACAGAACCACCACCAUCAUCACCAACAGCUCAUCGCCCAAACUAAUAAUGCUAAGCUCCAGCAGCUGACACACCAGCAGCUGGUUCAACGCUACCCUGGCUCCAUCGUCUCGCCCCCCCAGCAACACGCCUUACUCCCUCAGCCGGGCCCCGUCGUCCAGCAGGCUCCUCUACAGAACGGCCCCAUCAGCCGGGGGAGUCCUCCUGAUGACGGCCGCCAGCUAGACAAGAAGAGACCUGGAGGGGCAGGCACAAGAGAAGUGCAUAACAAGCUUGAGAAAAACAGACGAGCACACUUGAAGGAGUGCUUUGACACGCUGAAGAAGAACAUCCCCAACAUUGACGAGAAGAAGACUUCCAAUCUGAGUGUGCUGAGAAGUGCGCUGAGAUACAUCCAGACAUUGAAGCGGAAAGAGAAGGAGUACGAGCACGACAUGGAGCGACUGGCCAGAGAGAAGAUAGCCACACAGCAGCGAUUAGCGGAGCUGAAGAACGAGCUGAGCCAGUGGAUGGAUGUGAUUGAAAUUGACCGAGUCCUCCGACAGACCGUACAGCCAGAGGAGGACCAGGCUUCCACCUCAACAGCCUCAGAAGGUGAAGACAUAAUGGAUGAUGACCUGGAAGAUGAGACUGCGCCAAGAGCCCAGACUGCCUUACCCGCCGUGCCUCAAACCAUGAAACCUGAGCUCCACAAGACUGCAGUACCCACUCAGACCCCGACCCGGACGCCCACCACUACCUCCUUCAUCACCCAACACAUCUCCAUCCAGCACAAAGUCCCUCUGCAUCAGCCUCAGCUCCAGCCGCUGACGUUGACUCCUCCACAGCCGGUGUCCAGGCCUGCAGCCCCACCGGUACUCACAACAUCCAGCACCCACAUCACCACCAGUCAGCCCCUGAUCCCCACCCACACACAGAUGGUGACCGCCUCCAGCCUACACCCCACAGUUAUUGCCCACGCUUCAGUGUCCCAUCCCUCAGUCAUCCAAGCAGUCAACCACGUCAUCCAGGGAGGGGGUCCCAAACAUAUUGCCCACCUGGCUCCAUCCACCACCACCACCAGCACAGUCCAGUUAGCCCCCGGCCACCAGCCCAUCGGCCACAUCACCGUGCACCCGGUGGCUCACCUGAGCCAGCACCUACCCUCCCUCUACCCCCAACCGGUGAGUGUCACACAGUCAGCUGUGGUCGGUCACAUCACCCACACGCUAAACCACGCCCACCCACACAUGAACGGCACUGCGACUAGCCAACCAGCUGCCACCAUUGUUGGCAAGCAGACAGCAGUGAGCACCCAAAUGGUGACCCACCACCCACAGCUGGUGGGUCAGACAGUGCUCAACCCUGUGACAAUGGUGACCAUGCCCUCCUUCCCCAUCAGCACUCUGAAGCUGGCUUGAACACUGCCAAUAGGACCACCAGGCUGGGAGAUGGAGACGCCCCCUCAAUAGGGGAGAACCACAGGCCUCAGACCAGGCCACCGACGAGCCCAAAGUGAGGGCGGAGGAGCUGCUGGACACCUCUGAUCCAGAGUUCCACUAUCAUCCUGAAGCAUUACAGCUGAUAUAAAGCCAGGAACAUUCCUUCAACAAAACCUCUUUCUACGAGUCCACCACAGUGUCCUGAAAUCUUGAUCUUGAAUUCAGGACAUGGAUGAAAGUCAUCCUGUUGAGUGUGUGUGUGUGUGUGUGUGUGUGGCAAUAUAUGGUCAAAUGAUUAGACCCUCACUUGUCACCAUAGUUGCAGAUAAUGGAGCAGUAGUCAUUUUCACAUGAGCUUUACAGAAACUGCUUCGUAGAGAAAGAUGUUGCACCAAUGGUACGGUAUCCAUGUCCGCUCCCUGUUACAGUGUUCAUGUAGGUACUGGUGGUUAAACUCCCUGAUAUCACUGUGCCUGCUGUGGAUUAACCAAAAGCAGAUCAUAUAUUCGGAAGGCUACACUGGGUUUUGAAGCCUGUGACAGUGUAGGAUCAGAGUGCUAGACCCGCCAUAACCAGCACGCUGGGAAUGUGAUUUAGAGGAGCUCCUCCUCUCCAGCAGAGGCACAUGCAGCAGGGCUGGAGCGAAAUCGCGGACUGAACUAAAUCCUGAACAGAAGCUGCAGUCCUCAGUGAUGGUGCGUACAGCAAUAGCACGCCCUGCUGGCUCAUUGAGUUCAGUUUAAAACUACUAUCUCUCUGACAAUGACGAAAACAGUUCCAGUUAAGUAUAAUGCUGAUGGAUAUCAUUAAAGAAACAGCCACUCGAAUUAAAAGAAUACACAGUUUUGUCACGGUUUGGUUUUUAGUGUUGGGCACUCAACUUGUUACUUAUCUGUCGUAUUUGUCCUUCAAACUUACCGGUCGGCUGUUCACUGAGCACAAGUACAAGUUUAAGGAUAAAGUUAUGUUUUUGUCUCGGCUGCUUAUGUUUUUUAAUAUUUCUGCCAAAUAGAAUCCGUUUGAGAUGCCCCCUAAAUGUAAACACUUAACGUGUGAGAUAUAAACUCAGUUGAGUGAGUUUUGAAUGUGAAUACAUAAAAAAAAAAAAGGUCCAUAAAAUGUAGUUACGUGUUUUUCUUUGCUGUCUUGCAAAGCAAAUGGUAGAAGGAUGUGUGUUUGCAUGCUGUGAAAGCAUGACCGUGUUGAUUAGUGAUGAUCUUGAAAGCAAGGAGCCAUAGUGCUGUCUGUUGUGCUUUGCUGACUUUGAUAAGUUGCAGUAGGAAUGUUAAUGUUUUUAAUCUCAGAGUUGAAGCUCUGUCAUUCAUAACGUGUUUGGAUCGGUUUAAAGUGAUCUCAACAGUUGGCAUACAUCCAAUCAAUGUGUUUUGUUUUUUUCAAGAUUAUCCUUUUCCAAAGCUAGCACUGUGAAAAUCUAUAUAGUCUCAAUGAGCAGCAGUUUAGCGUAGCACUUGCUAGAACAGCAACAUGCUGUGUUCUUCUUGUUAUAUCUGAAUGUACUGAUCUAUGAAAGGAUGUGGAGUAGUGCACUCAUCAGAAGUUAAGCCCCCCCC